AUGUCUGCCAAGUUUCUGCUGAUCCUCGCCAUCGCCGCCACGGCCGCGGCCGCGCCCCAGCACGGCAAUGGCUACGGCCAUCAGCAGGACUACCACGAGAAGCGGCCGUACGCCUACGACUACGCCGUGCACGACCCGCACUACGGCGCCCAGUUCUCCAAGACGGAGCAUAGCAACGGCAACAACGUGGAGGGCCAGUACAGCGUCUUUAUGCUGAUCCUCGCCAUCGCCACCACGGCCGCGGCCGCGCCCCAGCACGGCAAUGGCUACGGCCAUCAGCAGGACUACCACGAGAAGCGGCCGUACGCCUACGACUACGCCGUGCACGACUCGCACUACGGCGCCCAGUUCUCCAAGACGGAGCAUAGCAACGACGACAACGUGGAGGGCCAGUACAGCGUCGUGCUGCCCGACGGCCGCACUCAGCAUGUCAAGUACUACGCCGACCACUACGGCGGCUACAAUGCCGGCAGCCACCACCUGCAGGUCGAGCUGGCCGACUGCAAGGCUCGCCUGCGCAAGGUCAAGCAGGAGCUGUGA